ACGGGGCCCACCAUGGACACUGCUGCCCUUGCUCAGGUUGCUGUUGAGCGGCAUAUCCGCGACGAAGUAGAGAACUUGAAGAAUGAGGAACGAAGAGCACAAGCGAUGGCAGGUUUAUGUAUAUUACUCACUCAACUCCAGGAGCCAUCGGUGCCGGAGGAACUCGUCAGCGCGAUACCUUCCUUCUUCGCGAUGAUGGAGGCAACUGGCGACCCUGCGGAUCCUGGCAUGCAGGCCAACGCAUGCGCAGUGCUCUCGGGCCUGAUGGCCGUUACGGACGAGCUGCAAGCGCGGAUAGUGGGUGAUGGCGUUGUGCAGCGGCUGCAGCGGCUGCUGGAAGCCACUGCUGACUCUGAGGAGCGGACGCUGCAGCUAAACGCGCUAGCCUGCUUGAGCGAAGCGUUGCGGGGCCAGGAGGCACAGGUGGAGGCCCUUGUAGCUGCUGGAGGCCUGGCCCCGGUGUUGCGGCUGUGCGACCCCGCCCUGCCGGAACGGCUGCAGGAGGCGGCAGCGGACGUGGUGUGCGCGGCGGGCUGCGUUGAGAGCACCCGGGGCCAGCUGUCGGAGCAGGGUGCGGUGGGGCGGCUAGCGGCGCUGCUUGCAACACCAAACCAUGACGUGCGGAUACGAGCGCUGAUGGGGCUCGGCAUGCUGCUUGCCAAGAGCCCUGCCAACCAGCUGCAGCUGGCUAGCAACACGACCGCAGUUGCAAACCUGCUGGCGGCUAUGCGGCAACAAGAGGACCAGGAUUGCAAGGUGGUGGCCCGAGAUCUGUUUGCUGGACUGGCGGCCAACGCCGACUGCAAGGAGUUGAUUGCCCAAGCGAUGCGCGCUUGAUUGGUUUGACCCGUACGACAGUCCGCUCUUCUUCUUAUGCCUGCAAGAGUGUCCGCUGUUAUUCAAUGUGAUCACUGUAGUAAAUUGUACUGGGUUCUCGCUUACAUGACCCACAUCAUAGGAUUGCCCAUAGACGCUUAAGCGAAGGGGCUUCGCGAACAUCGCGGUUGGCUGCCUUUAUUCCAUUAAGUUCAACUUGAAUGUUGCUUAGAUAGCUUUUGUAGCAUCGAACUACUUGCGCUUUACGCGCGACUUAUUCGGGCAAGGACAGCGUGUCACAGAAUGUCAGCCUUUGGCAGUAAAUUCGCGUCGGCGCUGCUGUUGCUUGGUUGUGUAGCUGGGAUAUAUGCUUCGUACCUGACACAAGGCGUUGUCAACGAGCAUCUUGCGAUUAAACGAUAUGGUGGCGAGGAGCGAUUCAGAAACUUGGAGGCCCUAAAUGGAGCACAAGCGCUAACAUGCUUCCUGUGGGCUGGGCUGAUCCUCAAGGUCAUGCUCUUCACCGGACGUGUGUCUAGCGGGGACCUGGCGGAGUGGCAUUCGUACUGGCGG